GUUUCAGUGGACUAUCAACUCUUCGAAAGUCGUGCGUCUUAACGCACACAAACCAGUUUCUUUGGCGCAUUUUCUGCUUUUACGCACCAGAAAAAGAAUAAUCCCGAGUGGAUUUUGUUUUAAUUUUGGAGGGCUGCUUUCAUCAUGAGCAGCGGACAGACAUAUGAGAAGAAGAUUGCAUGUAUUUUGACCGACCUACCAGGAUCUAUGAGUUGCCACCCGAACUCCAAGGACUCGCCAACUCUACCGGAGUCCUCGGUGACGGACAUGGGCUACUACAGCGGACAGGCGGCGCACGGGCAGCACGAGUACUAUCAGAGUCAGGCGUACGGACAGUCCAUGAACUCUUACCAUCACCAGUUUAACCUGAACGGAAUGGGAACCGCUGGAGCGUACGCCACCAAAUCUGAAUAUCCGUACACAAACAGCUAUAGACAGUUCGGACAUUACAACAGAGAUCACCUGCAGGCCUCCCCUCCCACCUCAGUGAAAGAAGAGCCAGAGCCAGAAGUCCGCAUGGUGAAUGGAAAACCGAAAAAGAUUCGCAAGCCGAGGACGAUCUACUCCAGCUACCAGCUCGCUGCUCUGCAGAGACGCUUCCAGAAGGCGCAGUACCUCGCGCUGCCCGAGAGAGCGGAGCUCGCGGCGCAGCUCGGCCUCACCCAGACACAGGUGAAGAUCUGGUUCCAGAACCGGAGAUCUAAGUUCAAGAAACUGUACAAAAACGGCGAGGUCCCUCUGGAGCACAGUCCCAACGCCAGCGACUCCAUGGCCUGCAACUCCCCCCCGUCCCCCGCAGUGUGGGAGAACAGCAACCAGCAGAACACCCCGAUCAGCAGACCUCAGGUCCCGCAGCCUGCGCACAGCUCGUCGCCGCCUUACCUGGAGGAUUAUAACAACCACUGGUACCAGCAGGGAUCCCAUCUACAGCACCCGGGCACCGUGCACCACCCGGUCCCACAGCAGAGUGUAGGAGCUGUUUAUUAACUCUGACUCCCAAACAGAUUCAUCUCCUCAUUCAAACGAGGUCUCUCCACAAAGACUCUGCAGAGCGAAGGUUACCUCGACCUGGAGCAGGCCCGAAGUGGAACAUUGCGCCCGCUUUUUGGAUGAGCAACAGAACUCGGUUUCCAUUCAAAAGCACAUGAGGGAUUUCCAAUCACUUGUGGCAGCAUAUUUAACGGAAAUCUGGCGUGGUUUUUAAAUUAUUUAUCGCUUCUGUUGUAUUUCCUUAACUCUUUUUGUAAAUGAAUAUGCAAAGUUUUUUUUUUAACAAGUAGCAUAAUCACAAAGCGAAUAUUGAAAAAAGAAACUGUGCAGUUGAUCCAUGCUACACUUAAAUCAUGCAUAAAGAGCGCGUCAGCAACACUCAGGUCAUAUUUAUAUGGAUUUGUACAAACCGUCGAAGGCUGUAAAUAUGUGUUUAUAUGCAGAACCACUAUGAUCAUUUUUUGUUUGAAA